AUGUCUAACUUGAAAGAUCUUAUAGGAGACUCAGAUGAACUUGUAUUUGUUUCGGACAGGAAAAGAAGUAUCGAAAGAGCUAUUACUCACUUAUUUCCUUUGUCUCGUCAUUGUUGUUGUAUGUGGCAUGUGGAGAAGAACCUAAUUCAGCGGCACUUUAACGCAAGUUCAAUAUUCCUGUUCAAACGAGCUGCUACAACUUAUCGGGUCGAAGAGUUCCAACGACUAAUGAGACAGAUUCGUAGGGUGAGUGAAAGAUGUUACAGGUAUUUGGAGAAAGCCGAUUUUUCAUUCUGGUCACGAGCACUAUUGGUGGGCGACCGAUACAACAUUAUGACAAACAACAACGCGGAAUCAUUGAACUCAAUGCUGAGACAUGCUCGUUCGUUGCCAAUCACGUGUUUGGUCGAGCACAUUCGUAAAACAAUGCAGAGGUGGUUUUACGAACGUCGAAGCAAUGCAACCGCAUGCAGUGCUAUAUUAUCGUCGAGGAUGGAGAACGAGUUACAAACAACAUUUAAAGCUGGUACUAGGCUUCGAGCCCAUGAGUUGACAAACAGCUUGACCCAGGUUGGAAUAUCCAACGAUAUGGAGAUAGUGGACUUCUCCGAUAACACGUGCACAUGUCGUGAGUUUCAACUAAAUCGUAUGCCAUGUGCUCAUGCAACUCGUGGUGCUACCCUGAGUGGUAAGUCAUUAUACGAUCUAUGCUCUUUGUACUAUACAUCAGAAUACUGGAGGGGUGCCUAUAUGGAAGUCAUAUAUCCCGUUACACGAGAAGUGGAUUGGGUUGUUCCAAAUGAAAUCCUAGGCACUCAUAUUUUGCCACCGACUGUACGUCAUCCUCCAGGUAACCACCGACGUGACUGCAAAUUUGGUCGUUAUGUUCCGCAAGCAAAGUACCAAUCAUUACAGUUCCAUUAUCACGAAUGCGAUGAAUACCCUUUUCGUACUAUAAACUUAGCUGAUCAUAGAAUUGGGAACAACAGCGGCUUGAAAACCUACACUACUGUGGUUGCUUAUUAUGGAGAUGCAGUUUUUGCACGUAUCCAGAGAACGUGA